CCGAAAACUGUUUAUGAACUGGCAUCCCUUCUUCGAAAUGUAAAGCGAGGACCUCUUUAAGUGGCGCCCCCAACUACAGCCUCCGCCGCCGCCGCCGCCUCAAAAUUCAAUAAAAUGAGCUCUUAUUUCGUCAACUCACUGUUCUCCAAAUACAAAACCGGGGAGUCCCUGCGCCCCAAUUAUUAUGACUGCGGCUUCGCCCAAGACCUGGGCGGCCGACCCACCGUGGUGUACGGUCCCAGCAGCGGCGGCAGCUUCCAGCACCCGUCGCAAAUCCAGGAGUUCUACCACGGGCCGUCGUCGCUGUCCACGGCUCCCUACCAGCAGAACCCGUGCGCCGUAGCGUGCCACGGGGACCCCGGCAACUUCUACGGCUAUGACCCGCUGCAGCGCCAGAGCCUGUUCGGUGCGCAGGAUCCAGACCUGGUGCAGUACGCAGACUGCAAGCUCGCCGCCGCCAGCGGCCUGGGCGAGGAGGCCGAGGGCUCGGAGCAGAGCCCGUCGCCCACACAGCUCUUCCCCUGGAUGCGCCCGCAAGCAGCCGCCGGACGCAGGCGAGGCCGACAGACCUACAGCCGCUACCAGACCCUGGAGCUGGAGAAGGAAUUCCUAUUUAAUCCCUAUCUGACUCGCAAGAGGAGGAUCGAGGUAUCGCACGCGCUGGGACUGACAGAGAGACAGGUCAAAAUCUGGUUCCAGAACCGGAGAAUGAAGUGGAAAAAAGAAAACAACAAAGACAAGUUCCCCAGUAGCAAGUGCGAGCAGGAGGAGCUGGAGAAGCAGAAGCUGGAGCGGGCCCCCGAGGCGGCCGACGAAGCCGAGGCGCAAAAGGGUGACAAAAAGUAGGCUCCAACUGGGACUGCCCGAGCCGGGGCCGCCCGCACGUCCGCCGGUCCCUCGACCACGCCGCCGCCCGCCCCCCGCCUCCGAGAGCUCCGGCCCCGCGAGCGGAGCCUGGAGCUGGGCCUCCCACCGCAGAGUCCCCCGCCGCGCCAGUCCCCGCUAGUGGUAGUAUCUCGUAAUAGCUUCUGUGUGUGAGCUACCGUGGAUCUCCUUCCCUUCUCCCGGGGGCCGGGAAAAAAAGGAUUUUAAGCAAGGACUCCCUCGCCCUGCGAGGGUGAGUGGCUGCGGCCUGACAGAGCCCCCCCCUCGCCCCCGCCCCGUGUAAAAAAAGCCUCCUUGUGCAAUGGUCUUUUUUCCUUAAACGUGCUUCUUUGUAAUGACCGAGGUACCGAUUUCUGCUAAGUUUUCCCAACAACAUGAAACUGCCUAUUCACGCCGUAAUUCUGUCUCCCUCACCUCUCUCUCUCUCUCUCUCUCUCUCUCUCUCUCUCUCUCUCUCUCAUCCCCCCUCUCUC